UCAUGUUCGGAGGUCUUUGAAUGAUUGCGCUCAUAUUCUUGCGAAGAUAGCUCUCAGUUAUCCUCCUUCAUUCUGGAUCGAUAAUUCUCUGAUCUUCCUGCGAGAGUCCUUGCUUCGUGAUUCUCCUCUUAUUCACUAUGGUUGAGUCAUCUGUUAUGCCUUGUUUCAUUUCCUGUGAUGUGGUUCAGCAUAGUUCAAGUGGGUUUUGUUUUUUUGCUUAUUCUGGAUGUGAAUUGCUUGAGAUCACUAGUCCAUGUCUGUUAUCUGGGAUGUUUUUCCUAUUAAUUGGAAGUUUAAGGUGGUGAUACUGAUAAAGGGAAUUAUGAAUAUGAUCAAAGAUUGCCUGAUCCAAGUCAAUAAUUGAAACAAAUUGCUUACCUGCGAAGUCUGUUGAGGCCGACUUUUGCCAUUAAAUUAUAGUAGAAAGCAAGAAGCACGCCAACGAAGCAGCCAUUUAUGAAAUAAAACAAGAUAGGAAGAGUGCAACUGCAAGACAUAUUUGUUUUUGGCUUUUUGUCGUUCUUAAUUCUUAUCCGCUCCAAAUUUAAAUCUCCUUGAUGUGCUCAAAUACGUUUUAUAUUAUAUGAACUUGCUUCACACGUCACUUUCUUUUCAUUUCAUUGCUUCAUUGUUUACUCUACUACUCCUCUUCUCUAUUCUUCCAAAAAGACAUUUUUUGCACCCUGUCUCGCUCAAAGAUUCAAUCUUUUCUUUUCUUAAUCGGCAAUGGGUUCAUCUGAGAAAACCAUUCUUGUGACUGGAGGGGCUGGGUUCAUUGGGUCUCACACUGUGGUUCAGCUUCUCAAUGAGGGUUUUAUGGUCUAUAUAAUAGACAAUCUUGAUAAUUCGGUCAUGGAAGCUGUUCAUCGGGUGAAGGAGUUGGUGGGCCCUGAACUUGCCCAGAAGCUUGAAUUCCAUCUGGGAGAUCUUAGAAAUAAGGAUGACAUAGAAAAGCUGUUUUCUCAAACCAAAUUCGAUGCUGUGAUCCAUUUUGCUGGCCUCAAGGCUGUUGGGGAGAGUGUUGCAAAUCCACGUCGUUAUUUCGACUUCAAUUUGGUUGGUGCCAUCAAUCUUUAUGAAGUCAUGGCAAAAUAUGACUGCAGAAAGAUGGUCUUUUCAUCGUCUGCAACGGUGUAUGGUCAGCCUGAAAAAAUACCAUGUGUUGAAGAUUUUGAGAUGAAAGCUAUGAAUCCUUAUGGACGGACCAAGGUUUUCAUUGAAGAAAUUUCUCGAGACAUUCAAAAGGCUGAACCAGAUUGGAGAAUUAUAUUACUGAGGUACUUCAACCCUGUUGGGGCACACGAGAGUGGCAGAAUUGGUGAAGAUCCUAAAGGCAUCCCUAACAAUCUCAUGCCGUACAUACAACAAGUGGCUGUUGGCAGAUUGCCCGAACUGAAUGUAUAUGGUCAUGAUUAUCCCACAAGGGAUGGUAGUGCGGUUCGAGAUUACAUCCAUGUUAUGGACUUAGCAGAUGGUCAUAUUGCAGCUCUUCGGAAGCUUCUUACAACAGAGGAUAUAGGCUGUACUGCCUACAACUUGGGAACUGGCCGUGGUACAUCUGUGCUUGAGAUUGUCUCAGCUUUUGAGCGAGCUUCUGGGAAGAAAAUCCCUAUCAAACUGUGUCCGAGAAGGCCUGGAGAUGCUACAGCUGUUUUUGCCUCUACGGAGAAAGCCGAGAAAGAACUUGGUUGGAUGGCGAAAUAUGGUAUCGAAGAGAUGUGCCGGGACCAGUGGAAUUGGGCAAGCAAAAAUCCUUGGGGAUACCAGUCAAAGCCAGAAUGAUCAGUGAUAUGCGUUUUACCUUUCUUACCACGAAAGUUCCAAGUAUUAUUGCCCCUAAAAUUGUGUAGGGGGGUCACAGAAUGCUGAUGAGUAUUGACUAUUGAAUAACACAGUCCAAUUCUAUUCAUCGAGACUAAACUGAAUAUAGUUUCACUUUUGUUUU